UGCUCGUACAGCCAAAACACCACCACUCGUCCACUCCCUCUCUGCAAAAAGCAAAAACCCCUCCCUGUUCUCCUUUCUUCUGUCAAAAACCCUAAGCACCCAAAUCAUCAGACCGUCUGUCCAAAAUGUCCAAGAAACUGGACAUGUCUCUAGACGAUGUGAUCAGGGACAGCCGGAGAUCGGGAGGGUACAAUGGUAAUUCCAGGGGCCGAGGCCGGGCCUCCUCCGGUCUCGGCCCGGACCGUCGGUUCGCGGGCCGCACCGCUCUAAGAACGGCGCCAUAUUAUGCUCCACAGCCAAUGCAAAUGAAUCCGAUUUUUCAGCAACAAGUGAUGAAUCCGAUUUUUCAGCAACCAAUGAUGUUGGGUGGGGGAUCGAACACAGAGGAGGGCACAAAACUUUAUAUAUCAAACUUAGAGUACGGCGUUACUAACGAAGAUAUUCAGGUUCUUUUCUCUGAGAUUGGUGGCUUAAAAAGAUAUUCAAUCCAUUAUGAUAGGAGUGGAAGAUCAAAGGGAACAGCAGAAGUUGUCUUUCUACGCCAUUCGGAUGCACUAGCAGCUAUCAAGAGAUACAACGAUGUUCAACUUGAUGGGAAGCCAAUAAAAAUUGAGCUUGUAGGAGUGAAUUUGGUUGCUCCUGCUGUUGUGCUUCCUAGUACAAAUAGCAUAUUAGGAAAACCAAGUGGCGCCUUCACAAGUGUACAAGGAAGGUAUGGUGCUGGGAGUUGGGGUCGUGGUGGUGGUGGUGGUGGUCGUGGCAUUAACCGUGGACCUGCAAGAGGUCUCACACGAGGGAAAGAUCAUGUUGAGAAGUUAUCUGCAGAAGAUCUUGAUGCUGACUUGGAGAAAUACCGCCUUGAGGCUAUGCAAAUAAACUGAAGAUCAAAUCGUAGUUGAUAUUUUUGGUAACUCAGCAUGGCUGAUGCAUCUUCCAAGUAUGUUGGUGGUUUCUCAUGAGGUACUGUGUGUUUAGAUGUGGAAAUUUCAAUUUGAAGAUACUGGUAAUAGAUAUAUGAGUGAUGGCAUUACUUUUUUUUACUCCUUAUAAUUUAACAGUGUAGUUUAGUUUGUGACCUAUUCCCACUUCAUAGAGUUGGUUUUUGUCAUGCAAAAUGCCCAGGCUGCCUGUGCGCAUAAUGCUAUUCCUUUGAAAUUACUGUUACACAUCGUUCGCAUUUGUCUUGGCGAUAUGAGCAGUUGAGUAUUUUCUUUCCUCUGCA